AUGGCGACAGUCCAGGAAACGCAGGAUGCCCCCGAAAAGCACCCAUACCCCAAGGACGUCUCGCCUGAGGCUCCAGUGGGUGUCGACGCCAAAGACAGCCCCUCUGCUGCGGUAGAGAGCGAGCCCAAGUUGACUGGACUCCGGCUGGCAGCAGUGUUUACCGUUCUGUGCCUUGCAGUUUUCCUGGUUGCCCUGGACAACACUAUCAUCGCGACGGCCAUCCCCCGGAUUACCGACGAGUUCCAGGCCCUUGAAGAUGUGGGCUGGUACGGGUCAUCCUACCUUCUCACGACCUGCAUGUUCCAGCUCGUGUUUGGAAAGCUGUACGGAUACUUUCCCAUCAAGCUGGUGUUUCUGGCCGGCGUGGUAAUCUUCGAGAUUGGAUCCGCCGUCUGUGGCGCGGCUCCAACGUCGGUUGCGUUGAUUGUGGGCAGAGCGAUUGCUGGAUUGGGUGCAUCGGGCAUCUUCCAGGGAGCAAUGGUGAUUGUUGCGUACUCGGUUGAUCCUCGACAGCGGCCCAUGUAUAACGGCAUCUUUGGCUCCAUCUAUGGGAUCUCAUCGAUCAUUGGCCCUCUGCUCGGCGGCGCAUUUACAUCGCACGUUACGUGGCGAUGGUGUUUCUAUAUCAACCUCCCCAUCGGCGCCGUCGUCAUUGUGAUCCUCGCUGUCUUCCUGCAGAUUCCCCCAAUCAUCCACUCCCAAUCGGACCGCAAGACGUUGAUCGAGCACAUGGAUCCCCUCGGCAUUGUGGCUUUUCUUCCGGCCAUUGUGUGCCUGUUGCUGGCCGUGCAGUGGGGAGGAACAACAUACCCGUGGUCGAACGUCCGGAUUAUCGUCUUGUUCGUGUUGGCUAGGUUGCUCCUAGUCGCCUUCAUUGCAAUUCAGCUGACGCUGCAGGAGAACGCGAUGGUUCCUCCCAGGAUCCUUCGAAUAUUCCCGAUCGCUUACUCGUCAGUCUUUAUGAUUGUGUUCUCAGGGGCUUACUUCACAAUCGUUUACUACUUGCCCAUCUGGUUCCAGGCUAUCAAGAGUGCCUCUGCUGUCAGUUCUGGGAUUAUGUGUCUCCCAAUGAUGCUGUCGAUGGUUAUUUUCUCCUUCAUCACCGGCGGGGGCGUGACUGCGACGGGCAAGCAUCUCCCAUUCUUUGUCGUAGCCACUGUAUUAUCGACAAUCGGCGCAGGGCUGGUUACAACGUUUGCGACCGACACCGGCCAUCCCAAGUGGAUAGGGUACCAGGUUCUCGUCGGCGCCGGAGUGGGCAUGGGCGUCCAGCUUCCGGUCAUCACCGCGCAGGCUGUUCUCCCUGCACCAGACAUACCCGUGGGGACCGCGGUUGUCACAUUCUGCCAGACCUUCAGUGGAGCCAUAUUUGUCGCGGUCAGCCAGGCUUUGUUCGCCAAUCGCCUUCGAAGUGGGAUCCUGACCACAGUGCCGGGAGUCAGCCCGUCGAUCGUUCAACAGAUCGGAGCAACAAACUUGGACGCAGUCAUUGACGCCGAGUACAUGCCGGCUGUGCGCAAGGUGUACAACGAGGCCUUGGUCUCAACAUGGUACCUCGCUGUUGCACUCUUUGGCGUUUCGGUUGGAGUCGUGGGGGGGAUGGCGUGGAAAAGAAGGAAGCAUGCUCGUGCGAUGUAA